GUUUGGUCUUAAUGCUCGUUUUAUUUAGAACUUUGAUAAAAAGGUUGAUAUUGAGACAUUGUUGUAGAGUGUAUUUUAUCGAUGAGCAAGCAGGUGAAAUCAAACUAUACGAAGGAGAGGAGUUUUGUUUAAAAUACCAGACGUCACGUUGGAAAUAUGAUGUAAAGAUCUACAAACAGUUACAGAACUCGAUUACUGUUCCUGUUCAUCAUUAUAUUAUCAAGACAUAUGUGACAACUGAAGAUUCUGGAUGGUAUCAUGCAGAAUGUCAUGGCGUUAAAAGUCAAUAUACUUGGUUGACAGUUCAACGAGCAACAAUUGUCGAAAGUCCAUCACAAGAAUUAACAUUAUUUGAAGGAGAAUCACUCACAUUACGGUAUAAACUCUCCACAGACAGAGUCCAACUUACGUUGUACAGAAACAAUAAAAUCGUAGCAGAAGAGGGCAAUGUUUCAAAAAAAGAUGAUGGUGUGCUAAAUUAUUUUAACAUAAAGCCUGUUAUACGCAAAGACCUUGGCGAAUAUUUUGCACAAGUUAAACACGGCAGUAGCCGAAGUUACAUUACAAAGCUGAAAAUAAAACCUUUAGAAAUUGAAAGCCCACCUCCAGAAGUUCUUGCAACUGAGGGUGAACCACUUAAAUUACGAUAUAAACUCCAAGUAGAAAACGUCCAACUUCAUUUUUUCAAAAACAACUAUUACUUAGCGGAAACAGAAAAUAUAACAAAAAUGGUUGACGGUGUUAUACAUUGGCUGAGAAUCAAAUAUGUUUCAUUUAAAGACGAGGGUCAUUAUUGUGCAAAAUUGAACACCGAUAACAGCAUAGGCCAUGGUACUAAGCUAACCAUACAGUCAAUGUUCACAUUGGAAUGUACAGAUACGACUUGUAUCGAAGGGGAUAAUUUAGAACUGAAAUUCUCACUUUUUUCGGAUAAAAUUGAUGUUAGAUGGUUUAAAGACGGAAAUGAAGUAGAACGAAAUGAUAAUAUAUUAUUUGACCGGGAUGGAAGAGAUCAUACUUUAACAGUUCCACAUGCAAGUAUGAGUGAUGCUGGACAUUAUAGUAUUACGGCAGGGAACGUGCAAAAACAAGUUAAAGUAAUUGUUAAAGCAUUGUUUAUACGUUCCCUGAAGAAUGAAAUGAUAAUGGAGGGCUUAGAAGUAAGUUUUGACUGUGAAGCAGAACAAUCGUAUACAGCAGUAUGGUAUAAAGACGGUCAUGAAGUUAAAUCUUCGUCCAAUAUUAAAAUAGCGACGAUGCAAAAUGGAAAAGUUCACAAGUUAAAUAUUCUAAUGACGACUAUCGAAGAUAAAGGAAAAUAUGAGAUAAAGAUGAAAGAUAUAUUAAAUGGUGCAGUUCUUGACGUAAAAGAAAUGCCAGAUGCUGUAAAAAAGAUGUCUAUGCAUGACAGAAGUAUGUUUUUGAAGGCAGCUAAAACUGGUAUCGCUGUAAGAUAUUACAUUAGAAUAAUGAUUGUUGGAGAAAAUGGAGUUGGUAAAACGUGUCUAUUAAGACGACUGCUGAAUGAAGACAUACAAAAUGUUGAAAGCACUGAUGGAAUUAAUAUUCAAGUAAGAAGAUGCAAAAUUGACUUACAGACAAAAGAAUGGACAAUUGCUUCAGGUAACGAAUCUUCAAUCAGUCAAUAUGAAACUGAGCAGUAUGCAGACUGUGGAUUUUGGGAUUUUGCAGGACAGAAAGAAUUCUAUGCCACUCACCAGACAUUUCUUAGUACUAAUGCAAUUUAUCUCCUUGUGGUAAACAUAUCUCAAGACUUUACAAAGAAAACCUACAAUGACAUGAUAGAAAACGAAUUCGACAGAACUGGAGCAUAUAUUGACUUUUGGUUGGAUAACAUUCACUGUCAUGCUAUCAAAGAUGACAAUAUAGCCUCAAUAACCCAGAUCGAUUUUCUGAACCCACCUGUAAUAAUAAUUAGUACUGGGGUCGACGAAAUACAGAAUGAAGAUAAGCUUCGUAAACAGAAGAAUAAACUCCAUGAACUACUUAAAGGUCAUUCAAAGCGUAAGCAUAUCCGCAAAACAUACUUCCUGUCAAAUAAACAUUUCUCGAAAUACGAAAAUGAAUUCAAAGAACUGCGAGAACAAAUUGUCCAAGUGGCAAGUAAUAUACCAAAAUGGGGAGAUGAUUUACCAACUAGAUGGAUAGUCCUAGAAAAAGAAAUCGAAAGACAAAUUGCUGUUGAAAACCUUAUCAUUCCAUACGAAGAAGCUGUGCAAUUUGCUGUAAAAUGUUCAUUCCCCAUCACAGAUUUGGAAGCUGAAUUGAAGUCCUUCCUUAAAUAUGAACAUGAAAUUGGAAAUUUGAUAUAUUUUGAUGAUAUUAGAAGUUACAUUAUAUUAGAGCCAAAAUGGUUAGUUGAUGUAUUAAGAUGCUUUGUAUCUCCGUUACAAUUUCAAUCGGAGUUUGUAAAUAUGACUGAAUGGGAAGCACUACAGUCAACGGGUUUCUUGUCCGACAAGUUGAUAAAAAAAUUGUUCGACAAAGUACCAAAACUUAAUUCGGAUAAACACACAAAGUUUGCUUUACAAAUUAUGGAAAAAUUUGAUAUUAUAGUUAAACCCACCACGAUUGAGGGAAGUGAAGAUUACUACAUACCUUGUAUGAUUAAUGUGUCAAACUUUGAUAGUAUUUCAAAAAUGUUCAAAUUAGCCAGCAAAACUUGUUCAAGAAGCUCUUGGUUUUGUCUUGAGUUUAAUUUUUUGCCACCAGCAUUUUUUAAUCACAUUUUAGUUACUUUCGUUAAAAAAUAUCCUUUGUAUGAAGAAAAUAAAAAGCUGUCACUUUAUCGAGGUAUGGGUAUUUUCAACUUAGACGCCGAGAGUUACCAGCCAAAGUUUAGUGUUUGUCUAUCACAGAAUUGUGUUGCAAUGCAAGUGUGGGAAUUUCAUCCUAAAGAGCAGCAGACAUGCGUUGGUAACUAUAGUCAAAUUAGGAAAUACCUGGUAGACACUGUCCAUUUACUUCAACAAAGAUACAGGAUAAACAUUAACUGUACAGCUCAUUUGAAAUGUUCUGAAGAAAUGUAUAAUGAAAAAACUCAAACUGUUUCAUGUGAUGCUGAUUCGACAAAAAGCACACAAUACUGCUCUUAUCACGGUGGUUGCCAUACACUGGAAAACCUACGUAGGAAUUGGUUUCAGGAUGAAGAAAAGGCUUUUACCAGCAAAAAAAACAACAUUCCAGUAAAAUGUCAUUAUUGUGUGAAGAUGCCUGUGUACAGAUGUUAUGAAUGCAGUAACGUUUUAUGUGAUGAUUGUUAUUUAAAGCAUGACAAAUUAACUAAAUCAACAAAACAUCACACAAUUCAAUCUACCAACGAUAAUAUGCUACUGAAUAAUAAAGUCGAGGUUUCUGGUGAUACAGCUGAUAUAAAAGCACUACCGGGAGGAUUAUUAGUGUUUGCUUUGUAUUAUAGUUACAAGUUACUAACAUAUUCAGUCAGUGAUAAUCAACGAAAUGAAAUAACCGUAGGUGGACGACCACGUAGUAUUGCAAUAUUAGACAGAAAUACUGUCGUUGUUCUGUUAUCACUUACUUAUAGAAAGGUUGACUCAAUAGAAAUAGUUGAUAUAAGACAAAGACAGGUUAUUCAACAUGUAGACUGUACACUUGAUAAUCCAUCCUACCCAUUCUGUCCAAUGUUUUACACUGAUGAUCAACUUUAUAUCAGUAACCAUUCAGGAAUAACAGUGAUGGAUAUGUCGGGGACAAUAGACAGGAAAAUAGAGUUAGGGUUCACACCAAAAGAUAUGUGCUAUGAUAAGGCAGCACGUAUUUACUGUAUUGACGAUUCAGGAAACAAACUGGUUUGUAUUGAUAGAGAUGGUAACACAAUAUUUACAUUUACCGAUACUGGUCUAACAAAUGCAAACCGUCUUACCAUAGACAAUGAAGGUUAUGUACUUAUUUUGUGUCUUGAUGGUAUUGAAAAAAAAAUCAAAGUCCACAGGAUAUGUCCCGACGGAAAGUCUAGUGAGGUAAUUAUAACAGGGACAUACAAAUACACAUAUGGUUUUUCAAGUUUUUGUUUUCAGGAAGAGUCAGAUGAAGUGGUCAUUGGAAUAGAAGAAACAGUAUACACUUACAAGAAAAAAUGAGAGAAUUAAACCUAAAGUAUUUGAGUGAGACAAUCAAUGUCGUUUCUCCCAAAUAUUACACAUUUAGUGAGACACACAAUGUCGUUUCUCCCAAACAUUACACAUGUAUGUCAGACAUAUACAUAGGGAUCAUUGUGUGAUUAUACAUGUAUGUGUUAAUACAUUGUAUGUACUGAGUAAAAUAAACAUGAUAUAUUCCCGUCAAUGCGGAUUGAACGCUUCCAAAUCGACUUAAAAUUAAUAGAGUACUACAAAACACGUUUUAUUAGGAUCAUUUACAUGCCCAAACUCAAUCUCUAGCACAGUUGACUUAGGGUAUUGAACUUUAAGUAUAUAAAGACCCUUAAGUCCUAUAUCUCUUACGUGGAUAAACAACUAUAGGUCACCGUACGGACUUCAACAACGAGCAAAACCCAUACCGCAAUUAAGACAGGUUUGUUUUAAUGUUUGGCCCAGUUUAGAUUUUCUAGAUUUUCCAUUCUUUAACGUGUUUAAUUGUCUUAACUGGUUGAAGAUUUUAAUGCACAUGGAAAAUUCUUCGAUCAGUUUACAUUUUUAUACAGUUUAAAUUUUAAGAGCUAAGUUUAUUUUAAGGAUGUACGUGGGUGAAAUUAAAAAAAUCUAGAAUUUAAAAUUGAUACUAUAAGUCAGAAGAGUAUUAGUUAAGGAACAAAAUAAGCUUAAAAUAUUGAUAGGGUAUGGAGCUCCCUUUCGAGAUAUUUGAUUUUCAAAAAUUGGCGGGAAAAGGCUGACUCGGACUUUUACCUUAUAUUUUCAUUGGUAUUAUUUGGGUCUCAAAUCGAAAGAAAACAAAUCUAGAAUCUGCUUAAAUUUUGGUACAUGACCUUUUAUUGAAGUCAUAUAUGAAAAAAAAAUGGGUGUUAUGGGGCAAAAUAAUUUACCCUGUAUCGUAGGAAAAAAACCAAGUAGUCCGAACAUCUGACAAAAAGUCCUAAACCUGACCUAAGUACAUCAUUAAGGUUUUUUUUUUUCUGUAUUUUAAAUCUGAACGGCUACAUUUUUAUAUAUACUUAGUAUUUUACAGACUUAGUUUCCAAGGUUAAUGUUUUCAUGAGUUAGUCUUUUUUAAAUAAUAAUCAUUGAAAUGUCUUUUUAAGUUUCAAAAUUUUUGGGAAGAACCUGACGCUUUAAUGAAAAGAGUUCGAAAAAUAUUGUACAAUUAAGUAUUUCACUUCGUCAUGUUCAUGUAAAUAUGUUUAUUUUUAGCUCACCAGGCCCAAAGGGCCAAGUGAGCUUUUCUCAUAACUUGGCGUCCGUCGUCCGUCGUCCGUUAACUUUUACAAAAUUCUUCUUCUCUGAAACUACAUGGCCAAAUUUAACCAAACUUGGCCACAAUCAUCAUUGGGGUAUAUAGUUUAAAAAAUGUGUCCUGUGACCCGGCCAACCAACCAAGAUGGCCGCCUUGGCUAAACAUAGAACAUAGGGGUAAAAUGUAGAUUUAGGCUUAUAUCUGUGAAACCAAAGCAUUUAGAGUAAAUCUGACAUGGGGUAAAAUUGUUUAUCAAGUCAAGAUCUAUCUGCCGUGAAAUUUUCAGAUGAAUCGGACAACCCGUUGUUGGGUUGCUGCCCCUGAAUUGGUAAUUUUAAGGAAAUUUUGCCGUUUUUGGUUAUUAUCUUGAAUAUUAUUAUAGAUAGAGAUAAACUGUAAACAGCAAUAAUGUUCAGCAAAGUAAGAUCUACAAAUAAGUCAACUUGACCAAAAUGGUCAGUUGACCCCUUAAGGAGUUAUUGCCCUUUAUAGUAAAUUUUUAACCAUUUUUCGUAAAUUUUUGUAAUCUUUUACAAAAAUCUUCUCCUCUGAAACUACUAAGACAAAUUUAACCAAAUUUGUCCACAAUCAUCAUUAGGGUAUCUAGUUUAAAAAAUGUGUCCGAUGACCCCGCCCGCGAACCAAGAUGGCCGACAUGGCUAGAAAAAAGGACAUAGGGUAAAAUGCAGUUUUUGGCUCAUAUCUCUGAAACCAAAGCAUUUAGAGCAAAUCUGACGAGGAUAAAAUUUUUCAUUAGGUCAAGAUCUGCCCUGAAAUAUUCAGACUAAUCAGGCAACACGUUGUUGGGUUGCUGCCCCUGAAUUGGUAAUUUUGAGAAAAUUUUGCAGCUUUUGGUUAUUAUCUUGAAUAUUAUUAUAGAUAGAGAUAAACUGUAAAGAUAAACCCCUUAAGGAGUUAUUGCCCUUUAUAGUCAUUUUUUUACAAUUUUCAUAAAUUUUCCACUGUAACUACUGGGCCAAGUUCAUUAUAGAUAGAGAUAAUUGUAAGCAGCAAGAAUGUUCAGUAAAGUAAGAUCUACAAACACAUCACCAUCACCAAAACACAAUUUUGUCAUGAAUCCAUCUGUGUCCUUUGUUUAAUAUACACAUAGACCAAGGUGAACGACACAGGCUCUUUAGAGCCUCUAGUUUUUUUUUUAUAUUUCACAAUUUGUGUGGUGUUUUUUUUUGUGUGUUGUAUUUGCCAUUUAUAUUAACGAUGUAUAUGCUAUAUAAACAUUUUUUAAAUCAAAUAUUUUUAAAAAUUUUAUUGAAAUAUCAUAUUAGCGUAAUACGGAAGCCUUGGAGUGCCAUGCAAAAAUAAAAUUACAACUCGUGCGCAUGAGUUACUAACCUGUGCGCUCGAGUUACACAACUUGUGUGCACGAGUUACUGACUUGUGUGCACGAGUUAUACGUAUUCUAAUUGAAAUGCGCACAUUUUGCUUAGAAGUCUAAUGAAUUCCUGCUGAGACAGCGCGCUGAAAUACGCCAAAUUUUUAUUUUUCAAAAUUAUAUGAUGAAUAGUAAAGUAAUGAAUAACGAAAUAGUUUAUAUUUCAAUAUUCUAUUUGAAAUGUGAACAAUAAACUAGAUCAUUUAUUAUUAGACUGUGGUGCUAUUUUAGGAAUUCGCCGUUUUUUUUAUGUCAAUCUACAUAUUUUCAAAUUUUUUUAAAAACAACAUAUUUGCAAACAAUCUUUGAAUUUCAUUUUCGUAUCAUAAGUACGGAUGACCCAUUCGCAUAAAAAAUACCGUAUUCCAUUGAAGAUCUUAUACAGACAAGGCAGGAAAUAAAACAGAAAUUAAAGUUCUAAAAUAUAUUCUUUCUUUACUAUAUCGUGUAAACAGGGAAGAUAACUUAAUUAACAGAAAAAUAAACAGAGCUGCCUAAAAUUAACAAUUUAAAGUUUCUGAUCAAUAAUAUAGUAUUCGAUGAUAGAGGAGACGGAGGGAGAAAAGACUGAAUAUUAAUGAUAUUCAAAUAGGGAAUAGCACAUCCAUAACGUUCUGCAAGGAUUGAAAUCGAAAAUAUUUGUCGUCAACGGAAAAAUAUUACACGCAUUAUCAGGAAGCUGAAAUAGGUCUCAUUUCAAGCUUCAAUAUAUUUAAUAAGACAGAUAAAUUUGAAUAAAUCUUUCAUGCUAAGAUUUAGGUUAUAAAGCCUGAUUAUCUGAACUAACUAGGUGUCAGUAUUUAUUUAUGAUGCAGUUAAAACCAAUAGAACAGGACGUAUCUAAUGAAUUUCAGCUGUACAUCCAUACCACAAAAAGAUUAUGACGAAGUUAAAAAUUAAAGUUCCCAAGUUUACUUCAUUAUAAAUUUCUUCAUUGAAUGAUUAAUAAGGUCAUAAACAUAUCAAAUACACCGGAAAAUUCAAGCAAUCGGUUAUUUAGUUAUAGAUAAUGCAUAUUUCAAGGUUUUCUUGUCAUAUAACACACCGAGGGGUGUCCGGAUUGAUCAAAGGAAAACCAACCGUAGGGAGGUCUUUUUUUGAGGUAAUCCUAAUACCCGAAAGUGUGUUAUACGACAAGACAAACCUUAAAAUAUGCAUUAUCUGACUUAUUUACCGUCCACAAAUAAUAUUUCAUAUGAAUUAUUCAGCACAAUUGUUUUUCUCCCUUUACCCUGGCAAUAAUAUUUUUUUUCUUAAAAAAAAAUGAGAAUCAGGAUAAAAUAUUUUACAAAGGUAUAUAUUGUAAAAAUCACGAAAUGACACAAACAUCACAUAAUCGUAAUGCACAUGUAACACAGAAAAAAAAGACAUCAAUAGGUCAUAGAACGAUUUUCAAAAUGGUUUAAUUGAUUGAUUAUUGGUUGCUUAACGUCCAGUGGCAAAUAUGUCAUGCAUGUUUAGGACUAGAACAAAUUAACAAUAAGUACAAUAGGUAGGUCCUGUUCUAAAGGCCGUCCGGGAUGAAGGUCGGGAAAAUUUGGGUUGCCACUGGAAAAUGAGGGUAUAUGGAUAAGGAAAGAAAUUUUGCCUUUCAACAGGCCACAUACGGACCCUUAAAGAGUUGUUGCAAGGGUUCCAAAAAGGAAAGAACGUAACAUUCUCUUUACACGAGGCACCGGAUUUAACGUCCCCAUUCUGACCAGACGGGGUUGCGUGCUUGAACAUCCCGCACUGCCAAACGGACGUCCCACUUUGUCAAUGGUUUUAUUGCCGGUCGGUAGAAGACCUAAGUGAACAUAUUUCUAUUUCAUAGUCACCCUUGGGGGUUCAAUACGGCGUGAAUAAACAAGAUUUUAAACCUUUGUUGUUUUUUUUUAUGAUCCGACACUUAAAUGUGAUACAAUUCGGCUUGUUAAAUGAAUGUAAUGAACAGUUUUGCGUUAUUAAUUUUAUCUCACAUAACGUCCAUUUUGUAGCGAUGAAUUAACAAACCUUCAGAUUACUAGUAAGUGUUUCGAAAAUUAAACUCUGCGUUUUUUUUUUGGUU